AUGGAGGAUGAUAUAAAUGCUAUAGUAAUUGAUAACGGAUCGGGUAUGGUUAAAGCCGGUCCAGCAGGUGUGGAUGCUCCGAGCGUAGUUUUUCCAUCAAUAGUUGGUCGUCCUAAACACAAUGGUAUAAUGGUAGGAUUAGAGAAAAAAGACUGGUAUGUCGGAGAUGAAGCUCAAUCAAAACGUGGGGUGCUCACGUUAAAGUACGCAAUUGCUCAUGGUAUCAUAACUAACUGGGAUGAUAUGGAAAAAAUAUGGAGUCACACUUUUUACCAUGAAUUGCGCGUUCACCCGGACGAGCAUCCUGUUUUAUUAACAGAAGCCCCAUUGAAUCCAAAGGUAAAUCGCGAGAAAAUGAUACAAAUGAUGUUUGAGGUGUUUUCAGUACCUCAAACUUUUGUCAGCAUUCAAGCCGUUCUUUCUUUAUAUUCGUCUGGACGAACUACUGGUAUUGUGCUUGACAGUGGUGACGGAGUAUCGCAUACAGUUCCCAUCUACGAAGGUUUCGCUUUGCCACAUGCAAUCAUGCGUAUGAAUCUAGCAGGAAGAGACUUGACUGAAUACUUAGCUCUGUUGCUCCAGUUACGGGGCUACCCGUUUACAACUUCCGCUGAAAAAGAAAUUGUGCGCGACAUCAAGGAGAAACACUGUUACGUAGCUUUGAACUACGAAGAAGAACUUCAGCGAGCGGAUAACAACGAAGAGAUCGAAGAAGCUUACGAAUUGCCAGAUGGACAAAUAAUCACCAUUGGUUCUGAAAGGUUCCAAACAGCAGAAGCGUUGUUUCAACCUGGACUUAUUGGACAUGAAGUUUACGGUAUUCACGACACAACUUUCAACAGUAUUAUGAACUGUGAUGUGGACAUCAGAAAAGAUUUAUACAGCAAUAUUGUUUUGUCUGGAGGAAGUACCUUAUACCCCGGUAUCAGUGACAGAUUGGAUAAAGAUAUAUCUAAACUCGCUCCAAGUACCAUCGGAAUCAAAGUUGUUGCACCAACGGAACGAAAGUUUUCUGUUUGGAUCGGAGGAAGCAUUCUUGCAUCUUUGUCAACAUUCCAAGACAUGUGGAUCUCAUACCAUGAAUACGCCGAAUACGGAAACUCAAUUAUUCAUAAAAAGUGUAUGUAA